GUCGCGAACGUCGCACGUUACGCGCGCGCAUGUCAUAUUAAUAAGUUUGUGAAUCAUCGAAAUAAAGUAUAAGAUUAGCACAAUGUCUACUCUUAUUUUGUGGCUAGUGGUCACUAGUAUAAUUGGUGUACAUUCGCAAAAUUUAUCAGUAAACACCACACAAGGUUUAGUGGCAGGUGUAAAAGCGGGCGACGGAGAUUAUUACACUUUUUAUGGUUUAAGAUAUGGUCAACCAACUUCCGAUGAAAAUAGAUUUGUGGCACCUAAACCCGCUGAACCAUACCCAGGCGAAUUUCACGCAGUUCAUAAAGUUACUUGUGUACAACCUACUGCACAAGGACAGUUAACAGGCAGUGAAGACUGUUUAGCGCUAGAUAUUUACACUAAAAAUGAAACAGCUGGCAAACCUGUUAUCGUUUGGCUUGAAGGCGAAGGAUAUUUGUCCUCUGAAAAGGAAAUUUCAUUCAGGAGACUCGUUGUGGAGGAUCUUGUGGUGGUAUCAGUAAAUUACCGUGUCUCUAUCUUCGGAUUUCUAUGUCUUGGAGUUCCAGAGGCUCCUGGCAAUGCUGGCCUUAAAGACGUUAUAUUGGCAUUACAAUGGAUUAAGGAAAAUAUAGCCAAUUUUGGAGGAGACCCGAAUAAUGUUGUACUACUUGGACACGGAUCUGGAGCUGCAAUAGUCGACUUGAUCACAAUGUCACCACUCUCGCAAGAUUUGGUACACAAAGCAAUCGCCAUCAGUGGAUCAACAGUAGCACCUUGGGCUUUAUCCUAUGAUCCGGUCGGUUCCGCUGAACUUGUAGCAUCAAAACUUUCUUACUCUGGAAAAACGCGAAGCGAUUUAGCAAGAUUACUAAAGACUACUCCAACAAAUUUAUUAUUUCCUGCUCUUGAUAUUCCGUUUACAAACAACACUGUAUUAUUUGCUCCUUGCUUGGAGAAUCCUGACCUACCUAACGGUUUCCUUUACGAUGCACCAACAGACAUAUUAAAAAUUGGUAACUUUAGUCAUAUACCCUAUUUAGCUGCUUACACCGAUAGGGAGGGCACAAUAAGAGCUGCAGAAUACAAUGAUUGGCUUCCCAGAAUGCAAUCAAAUUUAACUGAGUUUAUUCAAGUAGAUUUGGAAUUUGGUUCUGAAGCGAACAAGACGGAUACGGUGAAUUCCAUACGCGAGUUCUAUUUCCAGAACAAUGGUAGCACCAGUAAUAAUAGUAAUAUCGACGUAGAAGACUAUUUAGAUUACCAUGGAGAUACCGUUAUUCGUGUGUCAGUAUUAAGAGGUACCAAAGCAAGAGCUGAAACGUCGAGAGCUAAUGUAUAUUUACUCGAGUUUGCUUACCGAGGUUCGACAAACGAUGACUGGGCAUAUCCCCAUAUACCACUGAAUGGUGUAAAACACGGAGGUAUUCUGGAAUACUUAUUUGACAUCAAUAUGAGCGUCCACGGUACGAAUGCAUCAACGUCGCUCAUCAACCAUGUUGUGUCGUUUGCAAAAAUCGGAACACCCGCAUUGAGCGCUGUGUCUUCCCAGCAAUGGCAACCGGUCAGCAACGCUGCCUACAACUACUGGUACUUCGGUGGUGCCAUCAAUCAACCCCAUAGUGAAGAACCGAGACAGAAUCCACACUCACAGAGAAUGCAGUUCUGGAAUGAUCUAUAUGACAAGUACUAUAGGGCUCCGGUUCGCGUGUCAGCUGCGUCCAAGUAUAGCAUUGCUCUGCCUUUGAUUAUUUUUAUGACAAUUGUUGCUAGUUUCUAACCUCUCUAAUUAUUUGUCACAGUAAAUGAUGUCACUGUAAAUAUUAUAAAUAUACAAAUAAUGUUAUCAUUCAAAAUUGAGUCAUGGGUUUGUUUAAAAGUGCAAUGGCGUAUCAUUUAUUUUCUAGAACAAUUCUUGCAUUGAAUUUCACAACAAUAUUAACAAUAGAAACC